AUGGAUAUAGGUAAUAUUAAUAAUAGUAAUAAUAAUAAUUACGACAUUUAUAAUAAUAAUAACAAUAAUAAUAAUUGCAUAAAUAAUUAUAAUGGCAUGUGUUGUUGUUCGUUUGAUGAACGUCAUCUUCCGUGUAGCAAUUGUCCCGACGACAACAAUUUCAUAGUAAACAAUGACAGCAACAACAAUAUCAACAACAAUAAUAAUAAUAACACCAAUCUAUAUCUUAUCAAUAAUAAGUUGCAAGCUGAUUGCUAUCCAAAUGAAAUUCGACUCAAACUGUCAUCUCCAGGUUAUGAAAUUAUAAAGCAGCAACAACAACAACAAUUUUGCCAACAAAAUUAUCCUCAACAACUAUUACCACAACCACAACAGCAGCUACUGCUACCCCAACAACCACAACAACAACAAUAUCAUGAAAACGAUUGUGUGACGUGUUACAUGCACAGCCAUCAAUCCAUCACUUCGCCAUCCUCACUCAUCCCACAAAAUUUUUCCCGGAAAGUUUCAGAUAACAAAGAAAAAUCAAAAAUCCUCUCUACUUUUAUUGAUCCAACUGGCACAACUCGCAACGAAUACUGGACCGAGAAUGAAAGAUCCGAAACUGUCGAUUCGGCACCGAUCGGGUUAUGGUGCAGCUACAAGGAGGAAAAGACGGGAAAAUUUAUAGGUCUAUCAUUGUCAUCAUCGCCUACUUCAUCCGUCGACUCGUACCUCAGAAGACAUCACUCAAAUCCGAACCGGGUCGAUAAUUGUGAUUUGUGUUCUCCAGGGACGAGUUCGAAUCCGAAUAGCGAUAAGUAUUGGAACCGACCGAACAAAGACCGAGAAAGGAUUAAUAAGCCAAAAGCGAAUAAGUUAAGAAUCGAUAUGAAAUACCUCAUCAAAGCAAGAAGAAACAAUGGAAAAAUCACAAAUCGAGACAGCGAUUUUGAAUCUUUGGAUUCCUUUUUGAAUCGGAAAUCAAAUUAUUCUGUAGAAAGUUCAGACAAUUUAAUAAAUAAUAACACACUAACUGCUGACAAACUGAGUUCGAAAUCGCUAAAGUUUGGCAUAAAACCGAAAAAAAAUAAAAAUAUUCAUCUGAAUAACAUCGAUAAACCAAACAUUCGCCCUAAUUCUAAAAAUAGAAUACCGAAAAUAGGGUCGGGUUUUCCCACUUUCGAUCUUUUUACAGUUACAACCACGGAUGUAUCCGGGGUUACAACUCCUGAUUCUCACACAAUUACUAAGAAAACUGUAACGACCGCAUCACACACACACACAAAUACAAAAAAUAUCAACACGAAUACAACUUUAAAUAACUUCAACAGUAGAAACUCGACCGAUAACUGUGUGAGUAUCGAGUCGGUGAUAAAGUUGUACAUUCUUGUUGGAAUUUUUUUGACGAGUUUCUGCCUCGUGCCUUCCUACAUUGUGUUCUCAUCCAUUCAUCAGUACAACAAUGCCGGUCCUUGGGCGAUCUACCACCAAGCAAACACAAAUACCACGUCUAAAUAUAGUAUCCUACGUCAUCCUAGUUCUUUCAGCCAAUCACAGAAGAGCUGCCUUGACCUUGGCAGUCACUUAGUGCACGUGAAUUCUCUGAGGGAGCAGCUGUUUCUAGAGGAGCUAAUUAUAGAUUAUUUGGCGAAUGAAGCAAUCAUUUUUACUUCUACCUCUCCGAAAACAGAUAUGACGUCAUCGUCGUCAUCAUCAAACAACAACAACGACAACAACAAUUUCAACGGCAACUACGAAAACCACAACAACCAGUGGACUUGGGGCUUCUGGUUAGGUGCCCAAAAGGUCAAGGACGCUAGCGAGUUCAGUGACUGCGUGGGCGAGUCCAUAGACAAUAAAGUCAUUUCUCGGAUAAAGACCAAUGAAAAAAUUUCAAAACACCUCGAAGAUGAUGAAUACGAAGAGGGCGACGAUGACGAAGAUGGUGGGGGUGGGGGUAAUACAGAUGUGAGACGCUUACAGAUGGAAAAAUUGGAAGAUUUAAUCGUCCAGACGACUAAAAAACCACCCUUGAAUCAAAGACAGAAUCUCGUUACAUUUACGAAAAUCUCGAAAUAUCAGGCAAAAAAAGUCGGUAUGGGAGCAUCGUAUGAUAAAAAAAUGACUGGAGGAAGUGAAGGAUCGAGCCAAGAAGUACAGACAAAAAGCGUAACGUACCAUCACUACGCCGAAGAACCGCCAACGACUCGGUCCUGGUACCAACGUCAGAUCUGGAAGCUGGUCAAGUACUCAACACCGCCCGCCAUAUUCGAUUACGAAUUGAACGAUACUUUCUACGAUGAUCGGUUGUCGGAGCCGUUGAGUCGAUUGUCCAGGAAACCGAGAAAUGAAGUAAUUUGGGAGGAACCAGUUUUCAAGACAGGCAACUGCUAUCUAGCGGCCCUACUCAGUGGCUCCCUUGCAAAUUUUUCACCCUCUUGUACCAAGGGCGGCUUCUAUACAUCCAAACAAUGCUUUAUGGAGAGGUGCUGGUGCGUCACACAUUUCGGACAGCCAAUCAAAAAGAUUUACAAAAACGGUCAAAAAGUUGGUUGGGCCAUGCUACACUGGACUCCUGGGCCGGAAAAUAACAUGGAUGAGUCCUUCUUUAGCUACGGAUACAAGGCUGUCAAGAUAGACUGCGAUGAAAUUCUGGAAGAGUACAGGCAAGAGUAUUUGGCGAAGAUUAAUAAAGAAUCGGAGAUGUUUGGAGACUUUUUUUAUAGUGUGCUUAUUUAUAAAAAGUCAACUCGUCCACAGCAGGGGUGGGCAAUCUACGACCCGCAGGCCUUCUUCGCCAAAGAAAAGGUUGUCAGCCAGAAAUUAUGGUCAAAAAAAGAGCUACAAAUCUGCUGUUAA